AUCAAUAAUCAGCUGCUAGCUGAUUGAGGUUAAGUCUAAUUUUUUUUUAACAUAUUUGGGGUAGAAUAUUUGUAUAGAUUUCACCGAAAAAUGAGUACAGAUUUAAUAGUAGAUACCCAAAUUCGGGUCUGGGUAUUUUUGCCCAUAGUUAUCAUAACCUUCCUGGUAGGAAUCAUUAGGCACUAUGUUUCAAUACUUUUAGCCAGCCAGAAAAAGGUGGAGACCCAACAGUUUCAAGACAGCCAAUUAAUUCUUAGAGCAAGAAUCUUAAGGGAGAAUGCCAAGUAUAUCCCAAAAGCGGCAUUUCUCUCUCGCAGACAGGCAUUCAACAAAGAGGAGGAUGGCUACCUAACUCAAAAGAGACCCGCAGUCACUCAGAAUAUGAUGACAGACCCAUCAAUGAUGACUGAUGUAGUCAAAGGUAAUUUGACCAAUGUAUUACCAAUGAUUAUAGUUGGAGGUUGGAUUAACUGGAUGUUUUCUGGCUUCAUUACAACCAAAGUACCAUUUCCGUUGACAUUAAGGUUUAAAUCUAUGCUUCAAAGAGGAAUUGAAUUGUCUCACCUGGAUGCUUCAUGGGUGUCUUCUGCCUCAUGGUAUUUUCUAAAUGUUUUUGGUUUAAGGAGCAUUUAUGCCUUAGUUCUUGGAGAGAAUAAUGCUGCUGAUCAGUCAAGGCAAAUGCAGGACCAGAUGUCAGGAGCAGCAAUGGCAAUGCCCCAAGAUCCUAAGGUAGCAUUUAAAUCAGAGUGGGAAGCAUUAGAAAUUGUAGAUCAUCAAUGGGCAUUAAGUGAUAUUGAGAGUAAAUUAAUAGGAGAUGAAAAAGUAGAUUAAUAAGGUUUCAUGUUGUAAGUAAAUUAAGGUAAAUUUGCCCACAUUAUUUUAUGUUGAGUUUUUUUUUAACCAAAUUUGAAUAUUAUAGAAAGGAAUUAUGUAUAACUAAUGCACUUUUAACUUGAGAUUUAAAUAGCAAUAUUCAAAAGAAUUUUGUAAAGGUUAAAUACAGUAUCUAAAAAAAUAGCUCAGGAAUAAUGCUAAUUUAGUAGGAUUGUAAUAAAAUUUGUGUAUUUAUUAUUACUAAUAAGGUUUAAUGUUAAGUUCAACAAAUAAAGUUUGGUUUGUGAGUA